CAUAAAUAAGAAUUGUUAUCUUGUGUUUAUAUUGCAUCUUCUGUUUAUCCAGUAAAAAAGAAUCGCAAAAGAAUCAUUUUACCAUUAGGAAGUGAUGAAGGUAGUUAAGAAUAAAGGACUGUUUCCCCAGAAUUAAAGAAUGACGUCAUGCAUAUCAAAACGACAUGAAAAGAAUGUUUUCACGAUCACAUGGAAAAUCGAGAAUUUUAGCUUCUAUGAUGUAAAAGAAGGGAGUGUGCUUCGAACUCCAGAAUUUUCAGUGGAUAUUUUACAGGAAACUAAAUGGGAACUAUGGUUAUUUCCAGUAUCUACCGCAUUUAAGGAUCACAUGGCAUGUUAUCUCAGAUGGGAUGGACUUGCAGUUCUGGAUUUCGAAGGUGAGCUUUCGUUUAUAGAUAAUAAUGGAUCUUGCAUUAAAUCUGAGAUAUUUUCUGGAUGUGUUUUCAAAAAAGGAAAGUGCAGUCAUCCUCCUCUCACUGCAAAGCGAGAUGAAGUUUUUACGCGCAAAAAAGACGAGUUUUUAUCGCAAGACAUUCUAACUGUACGAUUCGUCAUUCGCAGUGAUAAAAAAUUUUGGUAUAAAAUAAAAGAAUGCUUUAUUAGGACCCGGAUACGAGUCGAAUGCACAGCUUUCAUAGGAGUUGUGGAGAAAUUCAACGAUCCCUUUGUUAGGAAAGCUGUUUGCAUAAAACCCUUAUCAACUAAAGAUUUACCCAUUUCUGUUUGCAUGCACAUAACUGAAAACGAAAUAAUUUACAUUGAAUUGAUACUAUUAGAAUAUAUGAACCUAAAAGUCUGUAAAUGCAAAUUAUUUUUAUUAGAUGCCUUUGGAAAAGAGGUCGCUUUCGGGCAAAAUGAAUUUUCAUAUUUUAAUAGAAAUCCACAAAUAGGUUGGAAAAUUCCUUUCCCACUUUCCAAAAUGAACUUAAUAAAUCUCAGAGAAAAAUAUUUACCUAAUAACACAUUAACAUUUCAGUGCCAUAUUGCUUUCUCUACAGGCAUAGAAUACAAUAAAAUAGAGGAAACUCGAUUUUUCUCUGGAAAUGACCAGGGUGCGGUUUCAAACGAGCUUGUUGAAACUGAUAAGUGUAGAUCAGAUGUUUGUUUUCUUUGGAAGGAUAACUUGAAUUCCUUGCAAAACGAUGGCAUAUUACAUGGAGUGUCAGUUUCAUCGAAUACUAAAGAAUAUAUGGAACACACGCAAAUAGAUACAUCUAAAUAUAUUAUAAAUUUAUCGAAAACUUCCCAAGGUGCAAUGAUUCAAAACACCAUCAACUCUAGUCCUGGUAAUAAGUUAUCCGACUGCUCACUUUCUUGGAAGAAUGAUCUGAUGUCGUUAUACAAAAAUCAGAUUUUAUGUGACGUGGAACUUCUGACUAAGACUAAAGCAAUUCCUGCACACAGUUUGAUUUUAAGCAUAAGAUCUCCAGUUUUUAGCGACAUAAUUGCUACAAUUGUAAGGAUGAAUGGGAAUAAUUGCGCAAGUUCAACACCUCUAAAGAUCAAUCUUCAAGACUUGGACGAAGACACUGUGGAACAAAUGCUCAUGUUUUUAUAUACAGAUAGCAUUGAUGGUAUGGGAUGGAGAAGAGUAAAGAAAUUAUACUUGGCAGCUGACAAAUAUGAAAUUGUUGCAAUGAAAGAAAAGUGCUCAUUUCUCUUAUUGCAGAAUAUCCAGCCAAUUAACUGCUGCGAGAUAUUGCUGCUAGCAGAUAAGCAUCAAGAUAAACACAUGAAGAAAGAAGUGCAGCUUUAUAUUGCUCAACACAACGAAGAAAUCGUUGAUGGCGACCAGUGGAGAAACUUAGAAAAAACUAAUCCUUUUCUAGCUCUAGAAACCUUGCACACUAUAAUCUUGCAUUACCGGAAAGCAUCAUGAUUUUUCGCUUAAAAAACUUACUGUAUCAUGUAGGUUGUAGCGUAGAGAAGGUAAGUGGGCCGGGACAGAAUAUUAUAAUUUAGUCCCCAGUGAUAAAAGAAAACUAAAUGGUGACCAUUAGUUUUUUUUCCCAAUCAUCGCAUUUGAUUUUAAAAACUGGAACAAACAUGUUGUUUUUUCUUCAGUGAACCACCAAGAUUGUCUCUGGAAACUUUUAUAACUCUCUGACCUCUCCUAGUUCUUGACCAAGUUCAUUCUGACAGAAUGAGAACAAAAUGAAUGAAGAGAUGUAAAUGUAAAUUCGCUGAAGGCUCAGCAUUACGAAGUACGCAUAAUACAUUUUGAGAUCUGCUCGAUUUGAGCUCUUGUAUGAGAAAAUGCCACUGCCUUUGUCCCAUUCUUUACGCUACUGCAUGCAGCUGUUAGAAAGUGGCUAGAUUUUUCUAACACUAUAGAAACCGUCUGUCUCGUGUAGCCAGUGUAUGGGGAAGGGAAAUGAUGAUUGAGACAUAAUGUAAUUAUUUCGCUUAAAGUGAUUUAGCAAAUGUCAAUGAUGCUCGGGUCAUGGUAUCAGCUUUUUGUAUUCUUAUCGUAUCUUACUAUACAAACUAGCAUACACACAAAGACAUUGAAAUCCGUCUAGUCAUCCAACCGCUACAUCACUGCAUGAAUCCGCACUGUCAGAAAACUAAGAUUUUUUAAAUAGAAAUUUACCGCUUCAUUUACCUAUACGAUAAAAGGAAAAUUUGAUUAUGGUUUUAUUUUGUGAGACAUAAUAUUUAACUUUCAGAUAAGGAAGUCUGAAUACGGCGAUAGGAUGAAAAAAAAAUUGGAAAAAUAGCUACCCACUUAAUCUGUUCCAAAUAUUUUUGAUAAUGUUUAAUUUUAACCAACCAUUGUUGAUCAUGCAAUUUUAGUAACAUUUUUUA